AUGGACUCUGUUCAACGCAAGAUAGGCUAUGAGUUCACAUACGACGAGCAUCUUACCAGUGCUUUUGUCGCAGCCCAUAGAAGCGAAGAGGACGGCGUUGCAAAUGACGGUAACAGAGGAAUGGCCCGGAUUGGGCAGAUAGCCGUUGAGAUGGCAGAAACCUGCUAUGCUGUUAUGGUCGAGAAUGCGCGAUUGACCGACAUCAAUAGUCGCAAAUAUUGGUGGAAAGACAAGAAGCAAGUAGCAAAAGCAUGCAAAGCCUUGGGACUUGAGUUACACAUCGUCCGGAGUGCUCGACAAACCGGGCAAGUGCUUUCCCCGGAAGUGCUGAAUUUCGCACUUAAUGCUGUGAUCGGUGCUGUCUGGCUCGACUGUCAAGCUCAGAACAGAAGCAUUAGCGACACUUGUAACACAAUUUCAGGAAUUUUGAGUCAGAUAAACACCAUCCUCAAUCUAUCGACGGCAGCUGGCGGCGACCAAGAUGGCUCACUUAUUGCUGAGAAUAGCGCACAAGUCUUCCCAACGGGACCAGUAACGCACGAAAAAUUGGACGGUAAUUUAGGAAGCGAUUUGGACACAACAGAAGCUUCAGGCAAUCUUGAAACAUACGAAUCGUUUUCUGUGUUUCCGCCAGACUCUUUCUCGGAAGGACUUGACGGUCUAGCAGUCGAACAAUCGUCGCCCCAAUGGUUCAUUCUAGAGCAGCAGCCUUUUCCAGGACAGGACGCCACGGAACUUGUUAGUCAGGAUCAUGACCAGGAAAACGUUGUCAGCUCAUUAUCGUCUGGAACACAGGGUGUGGGUGUACAACCUGUGUUCUCGGUUGAGCAGGAAACAGUCGUAGAAUCUAUAAUGCCCAGGACAGCUGAUAGUGGCGUAUCUAUCACUACGACGUCGAAACGAGCCUUGCCCGGCCGAGAGUCUGAGGACUCAGUGGGGGCACAGCUUACAGGCUCUCUGCAGAGGAAAAUUAAACGAGCCCAAACAGAGAGAGACAAAGUCAGUGCAGUGCUUGAUUCAUUGCUAGACGCAGAACGACAGAAGAUCGAUGCGUAUUCAGAACCAGAACGCACCAAACUACUGAGAUACCUGGAGUAUCCACAGACUACUCAGCUCAGAGAUCCGUGUCACCUAUUCAGGUUUUUGUAUCUGGCAGUCGGCAGCUGGAAUACCCUUGCCGACUUCGCCAGUCAGCUUCAAGGCGCUAGAGAAGCGCGGCGCUCCUUUACUUUAUCGUCCCCUUUUCCUUCGACUGCCUCGACGGCAUUCAAUAUGAUGUGUCGACUAGACAGCGAGAGAACCACUUGUAUCCUCCUGAAACGGUAUUAUGCAGUACAACUUCUUGAGGAAGGACAACGACCCUCUCAGUCAUGUGAAAGCAUGCACGUGGAAACUUUGGAGACUUUCGGGUUCGGAAAUACACCACAGGCAGGGAAUCCUCAGAUGCGGCGGGAUGCUGCCGAGAUCAAAUUCCUGAUUUCCAAGAUUGUCCCCGGUGUAGAAAAUACGUCCCAGGCAUACCCCACGAUUUAUUCCAAAGUCAAACGUUUUCGGCAAUUAGGGAAACGACUGCAGAUAUUGAAAAAGCGCUUUGGAACCGGUGUGUUAGUCCUCUUACCUUCCGGACCGUCCUUUCCUGGCUUCUCUUUGACAGAUUACAUGCUCUUUGAUGUCAACAUGAACGAUCUUACUGGAUUUGCCAUGUUGUUAGAAGAAAAGCAAGGGCCACUCUUGAGGAAACUCAGUAAUGCCGUCGCGCCGACUUUGUCAGCACUUGCAGCCUUCUACCAAGGUCACGACAUGGAUCUCCCACCCAGUCUUAUAGACAUAGAGAGCUUGAAGGAUAAACCUAAGGCGUUACUUACUCUGUCGCAUGAUGUUUCGCAUGCGAUCUAA